UCUCUGAAUACAACAAGGUACAACCGAGGUGCGAACAGUUCUUUGUGGAACCUUUCGUGUAAUAAUUGCGACCCUUUUGAACACGACCUCAUCAGUAAUGGCAACCACCGCAAUCAUUUCUUCUACUGCAGCCGCGGUUUCACGCUCCGCCGUAACGCGUUUCCCAAAACCUUGUCGGGCCUCUAUCUUGCCAUGCACGGUUCGAGCGAAUACCCGAAGCAACAGGUCGAGCAGGACGUGCGCAACAUUUUCCUCUCGGGGGCGUGGCCACGUCGCAGUGCCCCGAAAAAUCGAAGCGUUCGCCACAACAAGGCGACAAUCACUGCCCAUUUUCGCAUCCGCUGAAGGUCCAGUCUGCAUCGUCACCGGUGCAUCUCGUGGGAUCGGCGCUGCUAUUGCCCUUGCACUGGGUAAGGCAGGUGCCCGCGUAGUCAUUAACUACGCCGCAUCAUCCGGUCCUGCAGAAGACGUGGCUAACCAGAUUAAAGCAGCGGGAGGUGACGCGAUUUGCGUACAAGCCAACGUCGCUAUUGAAGCUGACGUUGCCAACCUGUUUAAAGAAGCGGUCGAUGCCUUUGGUGAAGUCAAUGUCCUUGUCAACAACGCUGGCAUUACUCGCGACACUUUGAUGAUGCGAAUGAAGAUGCACCAGUGGCAAGAAGUCAUCGAUUGCAACCUGACUGGCGUCUUUAUGUGCUGUCAGGCAGGGACAAAGGCGAUGGGAAAGAAAAAACCAGUUCAGGGCCGAAUCAUCAACAUAACAUCAGUUGUUGGUCUCACUGGAAAUGCCGGGCAGGCAAACUAUGCUGCUGCUAAAGCCGGUGUCAUCGGACUGACGAAAACUAUAGCACGAGAAUAUGCCGGUCGAAAUAUCAAUUGCAACGCUGUCGCUCCUGGAUUUAUCGCAUCUGAUAUGACGGCUGAACUAGGCGAAGCUGUCGAGGCAAAAAUAUUGCAGUCAAUUCCGCUUGGAAGAUAUGGCCAACCGGACGAGGUUGCCGGUUUGGUCAAGUUCCUGGCUUUAGAUCCAGCAGCUGCCUACGUCACCGGCCAAGUGUUCAACAUCGAUGGCGGCAUGGUGAUGUAAGGUGCAAAUACCCUGGAAGAUCGGCGAUUGGGUUACCUAGCUAGGUGAGUAUGCCAAGGAUGUACGCCAGUCAUCAAGACGCCGGCCAUGACAUUUUUGCUUUGAUUAUGAGAGUAAGUUUUGAAGCGGAAUCUGAUCGAACAACGACUCGGCUGGGAAUCUGAUCGAACAACGACUCGGCUGGACAUGUCGAUAAAAGCCAAGCAAUGCACAAUUCAACAAUAAGGAAUGAAGCGCUUG